GAAAGAAGGCGGGCGACAUUCGCUGUUGAAGAGUCUUAUUGAUUUGAGUCCUCUAAAAGCAGUCUACGGAAGAGUUGUGAAUUUGAUCAAGAAGUAGUAUAGGAUUACUUUUUUUGGACGGUUUAAUAAACGUCAUAUAAUUAUUAGCAUUUUGUAAGAAAAAAAAAGACAGGGCAGCUGCAAUGUGGAUUCAAGUGCGCACCAUGGAUGGCAAGGAGACCCAUCGGAUUGACUCCCUGUCCAAACUUACCAAGGUGGAUGAGCUGCGCCUCAAGAUCUUGGAACUCUUUAAGGUUGACCCAGAGAAGCAGAGGCUUUUCUACCGGGGAAAGCAGAUGGAGGACGGCCACACAAUCUUUGACUACAACGUUGGUUUGAACGACAUAGUGCAGCUGCUUGUUAGACAGGCCGCGCCCCCUGCUGCUGUCCUCAAAAGCAAGGACAAAGAGGCCGAGCUGUCUGAUUCUGACUCUGGCUGUAGCUCGGCGCAGAGUGAGUCGGACAAGAGCUCCACCCACGGGGAGGCCGAGGUGCAGGCAGCUGGCACCUCCACCCAAACCGACUUGCCAGACCUGGUCGACCCCGGCUUUGGCUGUUACAAGAUUAACGAGUUUGUUGAUGCCAGAGACUUGAACAUGGGUGCCUGGUUUGAGGCCCAAAUUGUGAACGUUACAAAGACAUCUGGAGAGGAGGGCUCUGACACUAAACCCAGCGAAGAGGAAGUUAUUCACUACCAUGUCAAAUAUGAAGACUACCCGGAGAAUGGCGUGGUGCCGCUGCAUUCCAAGGAUGUGCGCCCGCGUGCCCGCACCGUCUACCAGUGGCACCAGCUAGAGGUGGGCAUGGUGGUCAUGGUCAACUUCAACCCUGACGAACCCAAAGAGCGCGGCUACUGGUACGAUGCCCAGAUCCAGAGGAAGAGGGAGACGCGCACCCUGCACGAGAUCUACACCAAAAUACUGCUUGGGGAUGCCGGUGACUCCCUGAACGACUGUAGGAUCAUGUUCUUGACUGAAAUUUACAAAAUCGAGGAGCCUGGAGCAUUGGAUGGAUCUGGAGUGGGAUCUGACAGUCCAUUGAAAAGGUCAAACGGACCCGAGUGCAAACACUGCAAAGAUGACCUCAAAAAGAACUGCCGCUGGUGCAACUGCCACGUGUGCGGUGUGAAGCAGGACCCUGACAAGCAGCUGCUGUGUGACGAGUGUGACAUGGCCUUCCACAUCUACUGCCUUAACCCCCCACUGACCAGCCUCCCCGAGGAUGAUGACUGGUAUUGCCCCGAGUGCCGCAACGAUGCCAGUGAAGUGGUCCUAGCAGGAGAGAAACUCAAGGACAGCAAGAAGAAAUCCAAAAUGGCAUCCGCUAGCUCCACCAGCCAGAGAGACUGGGGAAAGGGCAUGGCCUGUGUCGGCCGCAGCAAGCAGUGCACCAUCGUGCCCUCAAACCACUAUGGCCCAGUCCCUGGCGUCCCCGUUGGAAGUAUUUGGAAGUUCAGGGUCCAGGUGAGUGAGUCUGGUUGUCACAGGCCACAUGUUGCUGGGAUCCAUGGGAGGAGCAACGAUGGAUCUUACUCCCUAGUGCUGGCAGGGGGUUAUGAAGACGACCAGGAUAAUGGCAACGAGUUCACCUACACCGGCUCAGGAGGACGAGACUUGUCUGGCAACAAGAGGACAGCUGAACAGUCGUGUGAUCAGAAACUCACCAAUAUGAACAGAGCUCUGGCUCUGAACUGCAACGCGUCGGUGAACGAGAAGGACGGGGCCGAGGCCAAAGACUGGAAGGCAGGCAAGCCGGUCAGGGUGGUGCGCAGCUCCAAGGGCCGCAAGCAUAGCAAGUUCAGCCCCGAAGACGGCAACAGAUACGACGGCAUCUACAAGGUGGUGAAAUACUGGCCAGAGAAGGGCAAGUCUGGCUUCCUGGUCUGGAGGUACAUGCUCAAACGAAACGACGACGAACCAGCGCCAUGGACCCGGGAUGGCAAGGAACGCAUCAAGAAACUGGGACUCACAAUGCAGUAUCCUGAGGGCUAUCUGGAGGCCCAGGCUGCCAAGGAGAAGGAGAACAAGGAGAAGGAAAAUGAGGUGACUGAAACACCCACCAAAGGGAAGCGGAAGAGAAAGUCUCAUGCUGAAGAGAAGUCGUCACCAGCCAAGGGAACUCCCAAGAAGAUGAAAGUUGAGGCUUAUAAACUGACCAAAGAACAGAAGGCUUGGAUCAAGGGUGACGAGUCCAACAGGAAGCUGUGGGGUGAAGCCAUGGAGUCUCUGGCCCUUGGCCCGAAAUUCCUGAACAAAGUUGAGGAAGUCUUCUCAUGUAUAUGCUGCCAAGAAGUGGUCUUUCAACCUAUCACCACCGAGUGCCAACACAAUGUCUGCAGGGAAUGCCUUCAGCGGUCAUUCAAGGCAGAGGUGUACUCAUGCCCGGCAUGUAGGCACGAUCUGGGGAAAAACAACCCAAUGACUGUCAACAAUCCCCUCCAAGCCAUUCUCAACCAGUUCUUCCCAGGAUACAGCAGUGGACGGUGAUAACUUGUUCCACAUGCUUGACCAGCAUGGAGACAACAUGAACUAUGAGGGAAGUUAAGCAUUUCAGUAAAGACAAAAAUAAUAACUUUUCCUAAUAUAUUUUGCAAAUGUAACACUGUCUGUUUGGCAAAAUGCCACCCCCUCUUCUCUGGUCCUAUUUGUCAUUAAUUGUAGUUGAUGUAAUUAAACUGCCUUGAUCAAAUGUAUCUGUAACCUUAAUGUUCUUCUGUUAACAAUGCAUUUUAACUUGAACUGCCAAAAUUAAUACACAAGUCUAAUUCCUUCAAGCACAUGUGGUUUUAAGAUGACUUGUGUAUACUUUGCGGAAUCUUUUGUUAGAGCAGAUAGACAUGUUAAUCAAUUGCAUACACUUUUAUAUUUAGGAAACACUCCCUUAUUGAAUAUUUUAUAUUCUAAGUUUGAUGUCCGAUAGAACUCUCCUUAACUCAUGUAUUUCUUAAGCAAAGCACAACUGAUAAAUCUGUUAGCGACCCCAUAAAAAAAAAAAUCAUUUUAAGUGUCGGUAUGGAUUUGAUAUUGGAACCCCCCUCGCCCCCAAGUUAUUUUUAAACAUUUGUGGACAUGAGGGUCAUUUCAGUAACAACAUACUCGUUGUUUCGUGUGUUUACUCUUUACAAAACUUUACAUUUUCCCAUGUGUAAUCUGAUGGAGUUAAUGAACAUUUGAUUUCAAUUUGAGGGGAGCAGAUUUACUCACCAGAAAUCUAUACCUUUCACUAAUCUAUAAAGUUGACUUUUGUUCCAAUUUAUUGUCAUAAUUUUUAAUUGUAUGUCAAUUAUCCCUUUUAAUUGUAAAAUGUAUGUUGCCUUAAUCCUUUAACUGCUGUCGUAGCACACUGUUUCUGAACAAGCCCAAAGAUGUCAUGUGUAACCUUUGGACUGUUGUGCACAAUUUCUGUUUAAGUGUCCCACAAAAUGCUUUUAAUUCAAGGCAGGGCUAUAGAACACUUAAACACCUAGCUCUGUUAAACUUUUCUCUGGUGGUUCAACAGGAAAUAUUUAAAACCCAGAAUUGAAAUUUUGCUCAUUUUUAUAUUUCUGCUUGUUGUAUUCCAAUAUUGCAAAAUGAAUGCCAGUGGCUGCAGAUGUUAGUAAUACCUCAUAUUUGCAUAAACUGGAAAUGUAUAUUUUCUAAAAUUGUAUAUUUUUAGAAUUGUUUUUUGAUAUGUAGUAUUAGAAGUUACUUGCUUGCACGUGUUUUUACCAAGUGCAGAAUUUUCCAAUAAACCUUUUUAUAAAAUAAAAA